AUGCCCUCCAUUCUCAGUGAUGCCGACAAGGAAACUGUCAAGCGAAAUGUUCCCAAACCCGCCAACAAGAUCUUUGCCGUAGCUGUCGCACGACUCUACGUUGCCUAUCCAGACCCCGGUCGUUGGACCUACACCGGCAUACAAGGCGCCGCCGUCAUUUGCAAUGAUCUCGUCGGCCGAACAUGCUGGCUGAAGAUUGUCGAUGUUUCCCCCGCCGGAAGAGGCGUGAUUUGGGACCAAGAACUCUACGACAACUUCGCAUAUAACCAGGAUCGAACCUUUUUCCAUACCUUCGAACUCGAAGACUGCGCCGCCGGUCUCUCCUUUGCCGAUGAGAAGGAAGCGAAAACUUUCAUCAAGAAGGUACAGGAACGGGAGAAGACUGUCAGCAAAGAGACCAAGCAGACUCCCUUUGCCUCCUCUCGGGGACAGGGCCCUGCACCGGUUUCCAAUGGAAAGCGGUCCCUCUUCGGAAGCUUGUUGCACCGUGGUGGUCACGGCUCCAGCGCUCCGCAAACGCAGUCUAUCAUACCCCAAGCUGCACCUCCAUCCUUGCAACCUCCGUCACUGCCUGCCUCCCUUCCUCCCAGCGCACCUGCGCCAGCCGCCCACGCAGGCUUGCCGUUUGAUCCCAGAGACCCGGAGUGGAAGCCAUUGAUGGAUGAAUUGCAUAGUAUGGGUAUAACGGAGGACCAAAUCGCAGAGAACUCCGAUUUCAUUAUGGGCUAUAUACAGCAGAAGCAAGGCGCAAGCGAACCUGCUCCUCCUGCGGACAAUCAACCGAAACCCCGCGCUCCUCCUCCACCGCCCCCCGUGAAUACAAUUAGCCCCCAGGGCACUGGCACAAGUACGGGCAGCCGACGCGGUCCACCACCACCACCCCCGUCUCGCAAAGCUCGUACAGAUCCGAAUGAAGAAGCUCCGUCCCCACCACGCGAGCCUUCGCCGCCGCCGCCGCCAGCGCAACCAGUUCGAAGAUUCAAUGCACCACCUCCGUUUGCUGAUGCAGGAAAAUACGCCGAGCCCGCGGGCCCUGUGCCGCCGAGGCGGCCUCGAGCAACGUCAAGCGUAACCCCAGGCGCAACCCCCGGCCCUCCACCACCCCCGCGGCCACCAAAGGAGGCCAUGGAUGGUAGUCAGCCUCGAUUUGGGGUACCUCCGCCAUUCGCGGGAGAUCGCAAGGUUUCCGCUCCGCCCGCGCCUCCGAGCCGCAGCCCAGUUCCUCCCGGUCCUCCGCCUCCACCUCCUCGUACUGUGAGCCCAGCAGCACCACCCCAGCUACCUCCUAAAGUUCCCAAUGGAUCUACUCCUUCCGGUCCUCCACCACCUCCACCCGCCCGAGGACCGAUAUCACCCCCUCCGCCCGCUCCUCGACCUGUGCCAUCAACACCUGCCGCACCUCCACCACCUCCGCCAAGAGCUCCUAUAUCACCAACGACGGAUCACGGUCCACCAGGAGGACUUCCACCCCCACCCCCUGCUCGUGCAGUCCCUCAAUUGCCCCCGCUCCCUCCACCUCCAGCUUCCGCGCCUGGCGGACCUCCUCCGCCGCCGCCACCACCACCUGGAGGAAGCUCUGGUGCUCCUGGAUUGCCUCCUCCACCACCACCGCCUGGGCGCUCUGGUCCUUCAGUUCCACCUCCACCUCCACCCCCUGGCGGUGCCGGUGGACCGCCACCACCGCCACCCCCAGGAGGGUCAGCUGGAGGGCCUCCUCCGCCCCCUGCACCUCCUGGAGGUUCCGCCCCGCCGUUGCCCAAGAGUGCAGGUGGACGAGACGAUCUCCUGGCCGCUAUUCGAGCGUCAGGUGGACAAGGCGGAGGCGGCCUCAAGAAAGUCAAGGAAUCAGAUAAGAAGGAUCGAAGCGCCGCCGCCGUUCCCGGAAGCGCGGCCGAAUCAUCUGCUGCAGCAUCUGGCGGUGCAGGUGCUCAACAAGGUGGCCUGGCUGGCGCCUUGCAGGAUGCACUGAGCAAGAGAAAGCAGCGGGUUAGUGGAAGUGAUGACGAAAAGGACGAUGACGACGAUUGGUGA